GUACCUCUUUGAAAAUCAUUUCCGCUCGUCCCUCCACUUGACCACCUGUACGUCAUCACCGAUUAACGCCAAACAGAAGAAUUCUUAAAAAAAAACCCUAAUUCUCCAAAAUCCCCAAUCAGCAUCCUCCGAUCCUUGUCAGAAAUGCUUCCAUUCUGACAAGCGAUCUCGCUACACCACCAUUUUCAUCCAAUUCUAGCUUCUGUUGUCUUGAAUCGUAAGUUCAACAAGGUUUCAUUCAACCUAAUCGAUCAACAAUGUCAGAAGAUGUGCUUCUACACUUCACCUCAAACUCUUCUAACCAAUCCGACUCAUCGUUGCCGUCUAAAAUCGCCAAACUUGAAGCUCGAAUGGUCGGUAAAACCUCCACGGCUGCUGUGGUGUCUGCUAUUCAGAUUCCUGUUGCACAAACAACCACGCGAUCUUCGGUUAAUUCUUCUUCUGCGAUUGCUGCGAAGUUUGGAGCUAAUUCUGCUGGUGGAAUUUGUGCUGAAUCGUUAGAUUCUAGUGAUUCUGAAGAGGAUGACAGUAAUGGGAGAGAAUUUCUCAUACAAGCUAACUUUCAGAAGCGUAGAAAGCUCACAGAUGAUGCUGACUCAACUGCAUCCGAUCAAACUAAGGUAGCAAAGGUUGUGGAAACUGUGGACGUUAAGAGUGGCUCAGAUGUAAAUAGGAGAAAACAAACCCGGGGUAAGGGGAAUUCUACUCAAGCCAGAGGACGUGGGUCCCAAGUUAAUGAUCAAACGAGGAUACAAAAUUCUAGCUCAAAUGGUCUUGAAAACUCACAUCAACAGGAGAGUAGCAGAGCAAAAGAACAAAUUGGACAAAAUGAACGUGCUUCUUUAGAGGAGGAAAUUACUUCAUUGCGGGCCAAAAUAACAACACUAGAAGAAGAUUUAAGGAAAGCACGCCAAGAGGCUUCAGAAUAUCAACAUCUAUGCCAGCAGUUGGAAAAGGAACUGAAGGAGCUUAAAAGUAACGAACAACAAGUGAAACCAAAAAGAAUGAAAGUGAUAUCUGAUUUGCUGAUAUCUGUUUCUAAAGCUGAGAGACAAGAAGCUAGAAUGAAAGUAAGACAUGAUUCUUUGAGGCUUGGCAAUGUGGGCGUUAUCAGGGCUGGAACAGUCAUAUCUGAGACUUGGGAAGACGGGCAAGCAAUCAAGGAUCUUAAUGCUAACCUGAGGCGUUUGUUGGAAUUAAGGGAGGCUGUUGAGAGACAGCGGAAGUCACUAAAGAAAAAACAGCCAGAUAAGGGCGAUGGAACUGAAGCUGAAUUAGGCGUCUCAGAAGAAGACGUCAUCAUCCAGGAUGAAAUUUACAAAUCCCGUCUAGCCAGCAUCAAGCGUGAAGAGGAAACCUAUGUGCGUGAACGAGAUCGGUAUGAAUUAGAAAAGGGGCGACUUAUACGUGAAAUGAAACGUUUAAGGGAUGAAGAUGGUUCUCGUUUCAACAAUUAUCAGAUCUUGAAUCAUCGAUAUGCCCUCUUAAAUCUUCUUGGGAAAGGAGGAUUCAGUGAGGUGUAUAAGGCAUUUGAUUUGGUGGAGUAUAGAUACGUUGCAUGCAAGCUUCAUGGGUUAAAUGCCAAUUGGAGCGAGGAUAAAAAGCAAAGUUACAUACGGCAUGCUAUACGGGAAUAUAAUAUUCAUAAGACCUUAGUACACCAUCACAUUGUUCGGCUAUGGGAUAUCUUUGAGAUAGAUCAAAAUACUUUUUGCACAAUUUUGGAGUACUGCAGCGGUAAAGAUCUUGAUGCUGUUCUUAAAGCAACACCUAUAUUGCCAGAAAAAGAAGCUAGGAUAAUUAUUUUUCAGAUAUUUCAAGGACUUAUUUACUUGAACAAAAGAAACCAACGGAUUAUUCAUUAUGAUUUGAAACCCGGGAAUGUUUUAUUCGAUGAAUUUGGGGUUGCAAAAGUAACUGAUUUUGGUCUUAGCAAAAUUGUGGAAGAUGAUGUUGGAUCCCAAGGCAUGGAACUUACAUCUCAGGGAGCUGGAACAUAUUGGUACCUGCCUCCAGAAUGCUUUGAGCUAAGUAAGAUCCCUCUUAUCUCAUCGAAGGUUGAUGUGUGGUCAGCCGGUAUCCUAUUGUACCAAAUGCUUUUCGGAAGACGCCCUUUCGGGCACGAUCAAACACAAGAACGGAUAUUGCGUGAAGACACCAUAAUUAAAGCCCGAAAAGUUGAAUUUCCAUCUAGACCUUCUGUCUCAAAUGAAGCAAAAGAAUUUAUUAGGAGGUGCUUAACUUAUAACCAGGAGGAUAGACCCGAUGUGUUAACUAUUGCUCAAGAUCCCUAUCUCAUAUAUUCCAAGAACAAGUAAUUUGUACAAACUACUGGCCCAUAAACGUGGCACCUCGAUGUAUUGGGCUGGAAAACCCAUAGCAGCCCAGAAAUUGGUGUGGCCCAGGCCCAGAAACUGGAAAUAUGGGAAAUUUUCUUGCAGUAAUUGUGAAAUGUGAAGUGUUCAGUUUUUCUUUUGUUUUUUUUAGUUUGCCUAAAUAAUUGGCUCUUUGUUGUAUGGGUUUCCCGUUUUGUAUGUAAAUACGAGGAUAUGAAGCUUCUUAAAACAUGAUUGGUUUUAUGAUGAGUGAUGACUAUUUCUUUUAA